AUGAUACGAGUAGUCUGGGCAAGUCACACUGAAGCAUUACAUCAGAAAUUGUAUCAUAAAAUCAGCAGGUUUAAUAAUAAUAAUAUCAGCUUUCGAGCAGUAUUGCUUGUCGUAUACGUUUGUGUGUUGUUGUUUUCUUCGAGUCUCACUCUCACUAAGACAGAUGCAGACAGCAAGUUCAAGUACCACCAAGAAAUAGAAGUCUGUGACUCAGAAUAUCAUAGUAAUAAUAGUCAGGUACGAUCACAUUACUGUUCAGUUUCUGGCACGGAAUCACCAGUUCUAGAGACACAACCUUUGAGCACUCAUCGUUCCCUUUGCCAGUUCAAACAAUCACAGCCUGAUCACAAUCUUAACGAUUGUGAAGAAAGGAAUACCAUCACAUCCAGGAUGACGUCGACAGUUGCUGAACAUCAAGCGUUAAAUUCUGUGGAAGGAGAUGUUUUUUGCUCACAGUUGCCAGAACACAUGUCAGUCCAUGCUGCACAUAUCACAGAAGUACACAAUGUCCCGAUGAAAGUGCUUAUCCGACCGAUUCCUUCAGUUCUUGAUGAGGUCAAAGUUUCCUCUUUGAUGGAAACUAUCCAGAAUCCUGAAACAGUGGAUAAGGUUCCACCAAUCGACAUCUUGUGGGUCAAAGGUCGAGAAGGGGGAGACUAUUAUUACUCAUUUGGUGGUUGUCACAGAUAUGAAGCAUACAAACGACUAAAAAGGGAGACAAUUCCUUGCAAAAUAUUCAAGUCUACUGUUGAUGAUCUGAAAAGUUAUUUAGGUGGCUCAACUCCUGAUUUAUUAUAA